CUAAAAAAAACUGGGUUUGCACCUAUCUCGUUAAUGAUUGUUGUUGUUAUCACAUUAUUGGUGUCACAUUAUUGGUGAUUCACAUUCGUGAACGUGAAAAAAUAAGGACAUACAACAACAACAACUACUGCUGCUGCUGCAACACCAAAAAAAAAACUAUUCCGGCGUGUCUGGUACGCAUAAAAACAUUUCGAUUGAAAUAUAAAAUUGAAAGAACAUGCAUAACGCAAAAUGCAAACGGUGGCGAUAGCAUAGAUGCAAAAAGGAACGAGGAAACAAGUAGAGGCAAUGUUAGUGGUAGCAACAACAAUAAAAGAAAUGCUAAAGCUAGAUUUACUGCUUUCAUGCCGACGGAACGUUAUGCGGUGGAGUACAAUAUGAAUCAUAGGAACCGCGGCCAGGCUCUCAUUUUCAAUCAUGAGCAUUUCGACAUACCAAAUCUGAAAUCUCGUGCUGGCACAAAUGUGGAUUGUGACAAUUUGCGUGAAGCUUUGGAAUAUUUGGAUUUUGAUGUAUUAGUUUAUAAGGACUGCAAAUAUAGUAAGAUAUUACAUUACAUUGAGAAAGCUGCCUCAAAGGAUCAUAGAGAUAAUGAUUGUAUACUUAUUGCAGUUAUGUCACACGGUAAUAAUGGCAUUAUCUAUGCUAAAGACGUACAUUACCAAUUAGACUCUAUUUCCCAGUACUUUACCCCCCAGAAUUGUGCUACUUUGGCUGGUAAACCAAAGAUAUUUUUAAUACAAGCUUGCCAAGGUAGUCGUUAUGAUCCUGGUGUUAUGCUCCAGGCGACUCAAACAGAUAGUCCACCUUAUGGAAUGGACUACAAAAUUCCUCUACAUGCCGAUUAUUUAUAUGCCUACUCAACCAUACCAGGUUUCUAUGCGUGGCGCAAUGCCACAAACGGUUCAUGGUUCAUACAAUCCCUGGUAAAGGAAAUCAAGGAGAAUGGUAAAAACCUGGAUAUGCUAACAUUACUGACAUUCGUAAAUCGGCGUGUGGCUGUUGACUUUGAGUCGUGUGUGCCGGACAGUCCCAUAAUGCACCAACAGAAGCAAAUCCCCUGCGUCACAACCAUGUUAACGCGCAUAUUGCGUUUUUCAGACAAAAAAUAGUUAACCUAUAAUAAUCUAUAAUAUAUAUAUAAAGGAUAUAAGAAUAACCAAUUAGAAUUAA